UCAACGGUUGUGUUGUCUUGUUUAGUCGCUGCUGGUUUGUAUGUGGUGUUCUUUUACUAAAGCGACAAGGGCGCCAGCAAGUCAGUAUUUCAAUGGAGCUAAUAGGAAGCAGCUAUAAAGGAGAUACGAAAAAUGGCAGGAUGGAAGGUGUGGGAGAGUACACCUUCCCCACAGAUACUAAGUAUGUAGGAGAGACGAAAGAUGGGAUGUUCCAUGGCAAAGGAGUGCUGCACUUCCCAAAUGGAAGUAAAUAUGAAGCCGAAUGGGAGAACGGCAUCGCCAAACAGGGGUCAUUCACAUUUGCUGAUGGUCUGCAGUAUCAGGAGAAGGACUGGGACUAUUGUGAUGGUUACAACAGGCGCUUCUACAGUGAGCGGUGCAACGGGCUCAGACCGGCAGGAGAAUCUCAGGUGUCUGAUAUUCAUCCUCCACGAGUCAUUCCUGAUGGAUGUUAUGACUGUGGAGACGGUUUCUAUGACCCCAAUACAAGAGUCGUCACUUCCUACGCCGGCAGAUUCCUCAGGAAUGCAGAUGACUGUGAACAUGAGUGGAUUGUGCGGACUUGUCUAAAGGCCUGGGAUGAGUCUGUUGGUGUCGAUCCUGAAAAAUCUGUUGUAACCAGAUCUGAAGAAGGAAGCAUUACAAAAUAAACUGCACGUUUACUAUGACAAAA